CGGCUCCUCUAGCCGGCCGCUGCGCUUCGCGGCGCGGAAUAGAAUGAACUGUAACAAAACAAGCCCAGCCUUUGUAUCUGCUUAAAGGGGCCGCAGGCACUUCCCUCCCGUCCUCCCCGGAGCCGGGCUCUGCUAACCGCGUCUCCAGGGCUCCCGGCAACUGACUGGAAGGGCUUCCUUCACCCGCAGCAACAGCCCGCCAGCGAGGAGCGGGAGGCAAAGAGGAGACAGCACAUUUCCAAGAGGCAAGAAAGAAAGGAAAGAAGGUGGCGGUGGUGGUGGUGUGUGUGUGUGGGGGAAGAACACAAAAAUAACCCAAGUGGAGCAGAGUGGACUCUGGUCCCAGAGAGCACGGCCAGGCUCCGGAACGUGGACCGGGAAGCACCGGAAUGCAAACAAAGCUCCAGGUCGCCGGCGCAGGGCUCGCGGAGAAACCCAGAAAGUUUGUUUUAUGAUGGCUUGAGUGCGCGAGUGUGUGCAGAGGAGUGAGGCUGCCAAGUUUCUCUCUCCCGUUGCGUUGUUUGGGAGAGCGAUGCCUCUCCCAUGAUCCAGCGGAGCUCUGGGGCUUUAUGCUGUGGGGGACACCUGUCUCUCACUUUAUUAUUAUUGUUUUUUAUUUUUAGGGAGGGGGGAGGGCAAAGGGGGUGUAACUCAUCAUGUCGAAAGUGAUCCAGAGGAAGAACCACUGGACUAGCAAGGUUCACGAAUGCACUGUGAAGCGGGGACCCCUGGGCGAGCUGGGGGUGACGGUGCUGGGGGGCGCGGAGAACGGGGAGUUUCCGUAUGUUGGAGCCGUGGCGGCGGCGGAGGCGGCGGGGCUUCCCGGUGGUGGCGAGGGCCCCAAGCUGGGCGAAGGGGAGCUGCUUUUGGAGGUGCAGGGGAUCCGGGUGUCCGGCUUGCCCCGCUAUGACGUGCUGGGAGUCAUCGACAGCUGCAAGGAGGCCGUCACCUUCAAAGCCGUCAGACAAGGAGGGAAGCUGACCAAGGACCUGCGACAUUUUCUUAAUCAACGGUUCCAGAAAGGUUCUCCUGAUCAUGAGCUCCAGCAGACCAUAAGGGAUAACCUUUAUCGCCAUGCUGUGCCUUGCACAACCCGAUCUCCAAGAGAAGGAGAAGUGCCUGGCGUGGAUUAUAACUUUCUGACUGUGAAGGAGUUCUUGGACCUUGAGCAGAGUGGGACUCUUCUGGAAGUCGGCACCUAUGAAGGAAACUAUUAUGGAACACCCAAACCUCCUAGCCAGCCAGUCAGUGGGAAAGUGAUCACUACGGAUGCCUUGCAAAGUCUUCAGUCUGGCUCCAAGCAGUCAACCCCAAAGCGAACCAAGUCCUAUAAUGAUAUGCAAAAUGCUGGCAUAGUCCACACUGAGAAUGAGGAGGAGGAUGAUGUUCCUGAAAUGAACAGUAGCUUUACAGCCGAUUCUGGUGACCAGGAAGAGCACACUCUUCAAGAAGCAACACUACUGCCUGUGAAUAGUAGCAUCACCGUUGUUCCCAUCACGGACCCUUCUCAGAAGUUCCCUCAAUACCUACCUCUUUCUGCAGAGGAUAAUUUAGGUCCUCUACCUGAAAACUGGGAGAUGGCCUAUACCGAAAAUGGAGAAGUCUAUUUUAUAGACCAUAAUACAAAAACAACAUCUUGGUUAGACCCUCGGUGCCUGAACAAGCAGCAGAAGCCUCUGGAAGAGUGUGAAGAUGAUGAAGAAGGGGUCCACACCGAGGAGCUGGACAGUGAACUAGAACUACCUGCUGGUUGGGAAAAGAUUGAAGACCCUGUCUAUGGUAUCUACUAUGUAGACCACAUCAACAGGAAGACACAGUAUGAGAAUCCAGUUCUAGAAGCCAAAAGGAAGAAGCAGCUUGAGCAGCAACAGCAGCAGCAACAACAACAGCAACCGCAGCAGCAGCAGCAGCAGCAGCAGCAGCAGCAGCAGCAGCAGCAGCAGCAGCAGCAGCAGCAGCAGCAGCAGCAGCCAGAAGAAUGGACAGAAGACCAUUCAUCGCUUGUGCCUCCCGUUAUUUCAAACCAUCCUCCAAGCAAUCCGGAGCCAAACAGAGAAGCUCCACUUCAGGGCAAACCCUUUUUUACAAGAAACCCUUCUGAGUUGAAAGGCAAGUUCAUUCACACGAAGCUACGGAAAAGCAGUCGUGGAUUUGGCUUCACGGUUGUUGGAGGGGAUGAACCUGAUGAGUUUCUUCAGAUCAAAAGCUUGGUCCUAGAUGGGCCAGCUGCAUUGGACGGCAAGAUGGAAACAGGAGAUGUAAUCGUCAGUGUGAAUGACACCUGUGUUUUGGGACACACACAUGCACAAGUUGUGAAAAUCUUUCAGUCUAUUCCCAUUGGUGCCAGUGUGGACCUUGAACUCUGCCGAGGUUAUCCAUUGCCUUUUGAUCCUGAUGACCCUAAUACAAGCUUAGUCACCUCAGUGGCCAUUUUGGACAAAGAACCAAUCAUUGUGAAUGGACAAGAGACCUAUGAUUCACCAGCUAGUCAUAGCAGUAAAACAGGCAAAGUCAACGGCAUGAAGGAUGCGAGGCCAAGCAGCCCAGCUGAUGUGGCUUCAAAUGGUUCUCAUGGUUUCCCCAAUGACACUGUCUCUUUGGCAUCUUCCAUAGCCACUCAACCAGAACUGAUAACGGUUCAUAUAGUUAAAGGGCCAAUGGGCUUUGGUUUCACGAUUGCAGACAGUCCUGGCGGUGGUGGCCAAAGAGUGAAACAGAUUGUGGACAGUCCAAGGUGCCGAGGUCUAAAAGAAGGGGAUCUUAUAGUGGAAGUAAAUAAGAAGAAUGUGCAGGCGCUAACUCACAACCAAGUUGUGGAUAUGCUGAUUGAGUGUCCAAAGGGAAGUGAGGUCACCUUGUUGGUGCAACGAGGAGGGCUGCCAGUUCCCAAGAAGAGCCCAAAGUCGCAACCACUGGAAAGAAAAGACAGCCAGAAUAGCUCCCAGCACAGUGUUUCCAGCCACCGAAGCCUGCACACGGCAUCACCAAGCCACAACACCCAGGUGCUCCCGGAGUACCCAACUGCAGAGGCCCCAGCUCCAGAUCAAACUGACAGCUCUGGGCAGAAAAAACCAGAUCCUUUUAAAAUCUGGGCUCAGUCCAGGAGCAUGUAUGAAAACCGACCUAUGUCACCUUCGCCUGCAUCGGGAUUGAGCAAGGGAGAAAGAGAGAGAGAAAUCAAUUCCUCGAAUUUUGGAGAAUGUCAGAUUCCAGAUUACCAAGAACAAGACAUCUUCCUCUGGAGAAAAGAGACUGGCUUUGGAUUUAGGAUUCUGGGUGGGAAUGAACCAGGAGAACCUAUUUAUAUUGGUCACAUUGUUCCACUGGGUGCUGCUGAUACAGACGGCCGCCUGAGGUCUGGGGAUGAAUUAAUCUGUGUGGAUGGGACACCAGUAAUUGGAAAAUCACACCAACUUGUGGUCCAACUUAUGCAACAAGCUGCCAAGCAAGGCCAUGUCAAUCUCACGGUGCGGCGUAAAGUGGUAUUUGCAGUCCCCAAAGCAGAGAACGAGGUGCCCUCACCAGCCUCUUCACACCACAGUAGCACCCAGCCAGCCUCGCUGACGGAGGAGAAGCAUACCCCGCAGGGGAGCCAGAAUUCCUUGAACACCGUGAGCUCAGGCAGUGGUAGCACCAGUGGGAUCGGCAGCGGCGGGGGCGGUGGCAGUGGUGUGGUGAGCACUGUGGUGCAGCCCUACGAUGUGGAGAUUCGGCGCGGAGAGAACGAGGGCUUCGGCUUUGUCAUCGUGUCUUCGGUGAGCAGGCCGGAAGCAGGCACGACUUUCGCAGGCAAUGCAUGUGUGGCUAUGCCUCACAAAAUAGGUCGGAUUAUUGAGGGGAGUCCUGCUGACCGAUGUGGCAAGCUGAAAGUAGGAGACCGGAUCUUGGCAGUAAAUGGAUGUUCCAUCACCAACAAAUCACAUUCAGACAUUGUCAACCUAAUCAAGGAAGCAGGAAACACAGUUACCCUCCGCAUCAUUCCUGGGGAUGAAUCUUCGAAUGCCACUUUGCUUACCAAUGCUGAGAAGAUUGCCACCAUCACUACAACACACACCCCCUCUCAGCCAGGGGCCCAGGAGACUAGGAAUACCACAAAACCAAAGCCAGAAUCUCAGUUUGAGUUCAAAGCACCUCAGGCAAUACAGGAGCAAGAUUUUUACACUGUGGAACUGGAAAGAGGAGCAAAGGGAUUUGGCUUUAGUCUUCGUGGGGGUCGAGAGUAUAACAUGGACCUUUAUGUUCUGCGCUUAGCAGAGGAUGGUCCUGCAGAACGGUGUGGCAAGAUGAGGAUUGGAGAUGAAAUUUUAGAGAUCAAUGGCGAGACCACCAAAAAUAUGAAGCAUUCUCGCGCUAUAGAACUGAUAAAGAAUGGUGGCCGCAGAGUGCGUCUGUUUCUGAAGCGAGGAGACGGCUCAGUACCAGAAUAUGACCCAAGCAACGACCGCAACGGCCCCUGCACCGCUCCACAAGGUGUUCCGGAAAUGAGGGCUGGGCCACUUGACCACCGCCAGCGUCCAUCAUUGGAGUCCAGUUAUUCACCCGAUCUUCACAAAUCAUCACCACAUGGGGAAAAGAGGGCACAUGUGAAAGAUCCAAAAGGCAACGGAGAGUAUAGCAGGCAACCCAAUGAACAUCACACAUGGAACGGAACUUGUAGAAAACCUGAUAGUGGGACAUACAGACCCAAGGACCGGAUGCCAGAGGGGCGAAGAGAAGCACAACCUGAGAGAAUGGUGACCAAUGGUCCCAAGAAGAGAUCUCCAGAGAAGCGGAGGGAGGGCACCCGAAGUGCUGACAAUACUUUGGAAAGGAGAGAGAAGCAUGAGAAAUGGAGAGAGAUUUCUCCAGAGAAGAGAAGAGAGAGGUCACCAACCCGCAGAAGAGAUAGUUCACCCAGUCGUCGUAGGAGGUCUCUUGAAAGACUGUUAGAUCAGAGAAGAUCUCCAGAUCGAAGGAGAGGCAGCUCACCUGAGAGGAGAGCAAAAUCCACUGACCGGAGACGAACACGGUCCCCUGAACGGAGGAGAGAGCGAUCACUUGAGAAAAGAAACAGAGAGGACAAAGUGAGCCACCGGGAGAGGGAAGAGACAAGUCAGAAGCAGGAUGUGGGCAGAAGUUCCAGACAUCCCCCAGAGCAGAGAAGGCGACCUUACAAAGAAUGUAGCACUGACCUCAGUAUCUGAGACACUGAAUCACAUUCCAACCUUUACCAUGUCAAAGGUUCUAAGAGAAAGGCCACAAACCUGAAGUGAUUUCAUUUCUUACCUAGAGAAGCAUCUGAUUCCUGGUGACCCUAUGAAUAGCAACAAACAUUUAUGCAUUUGAAAUCUUAUAAGAAAAGAUAUAUAUGAAAAGUGUGCCUGAUGUAUAAUAUUAAAGAAAGUAUUUUUAAAUGCAUAUUUUUUGAAGAUUAUUUGCCAAAUGCUGCCCCAAAGGAAUAUGAAUUUUGUUUCUACACAGACUGUAGAAUUGCCAAGAACUGUUCCCUUUGGGGGCAGUCUUUAUCUCUCCUGGUAAAAUGAGGCUGUUGAUGAUUUUUCUCUAAGCAAGGGAAAUCAUUGAUUAAGUUUAAUUAAUUUGACAUAAACCAUGUAGUGGUAUAGUGUGAUAAUUGUAGUUAGUUUUUGCAAAGGUUAUAUUUGUAAAAGUUGAGGAUUCGUGGGAUGGAUUACAAUUUCUGAUAAUCCCAAAAUUAUGCAAACUGUAUGAAGAUACUACUAUUGGGAAUGAAGGAUAUUUAUAGAUAAACUGUACAGCACAAAAAAAGUAUGCUCUCAAGUUACAAUUGGUUCAGAAAAGUUUGUUCUCUCUGGCCAUAGAAAGGCACAGAGAGAAGGUUGACCUCCAUUAGCACAGAUGGUCAAGUUCAUUAGCAUCAUCAACAUCUAACAAGAUCUUAUUAAGGCAGUGCCAUCAGAGCUUUGCUCAGCUACUUGAGGGGAUGGACAAUAAGCACUCUGUGUUGACUUGUUUGAUUUGAAAUUGAAUGGUAGAUGGAAUAUACCCAGUAUGAAGGAGCCAUAGGAAUCCCUAGUAGAGAAAAUGUAUUCCCAUUUAACUUAACAAUAAACUAUGUCAGCAUAAGCUCAUGGUUUUCCUUUGUAAAUGCAAGAAGGAGGGGAUUAGUGUUGGUUUUAGAAGGAACUUCUCUGUUGAUAUUUCUUAAAGUGAGAGUUUGGGGCUACUAAUUCUUAAAAACGCCAAUUUCUCUUUGAACUCAUACAGGGAGAAAAAGAAGGCAGGAAAGGCGGUGGGGAGGAAGGGUGAGUCUCCAGGAUAAUUGAAGAGGGAAAAAAAGGAUAAGAUCCCGUUGAUUCUAGAUCUAGUUGCAAACCUGCCCUCAUGAACCUGUCAUUUUAGUCUUUGCACAGCAUAAUAAGAUAAUCAAUUUUUAUUUUAAAAGGCCCAUUCUUUCUGCAGUCCCACAAGUGCGGUUGGGUCAGCUGUAGCUCCAAGAUGGUUAAGAUGGAUUAUUGCCUAGCUGAGCCAAAACGUUUGCUUGUACCUGGUGGAUCACUACAGCAAACUGCUGCUUACAAUUUCUGUAGUACUGUUUUUCAUUUUCCAUAUAGACACAAAACUUUGCAAGUCAAUCACUGUUGUUCUAGGGUACUGUUUAAAAAAGGAAAAAAUAAAAAAGAGAGAGAAGACCAGCAAAUUAUUGUGUACAGAGUUAAAAUUGUAAUUAAGAGCCUGUUAAAAAAAAAAAACAACAACUGUUGCCUUUUUUUCUUUGUAUAAAAGAGAAUUUAUGAAAAAAAUUCUAGCUGUGAGGAAUGUGGUAUGUGUUUAUAUUUCUGAAUAUAGAACAAAUUCAUUCAUUGGGAUAUAUUUUAAUGUAAACUAAAAUCAGGUAUGUAAAUUUGUUUUAAAGGGAGACUAUAAGUAAUUCUCUAAAGCUUUAGUUCAGUUGAAUAUCAUCAUUUCCUCCACAGUGAGCCUGCUUGUGAAUUAUUGUUUGUAUUCUCUGUUCUUCAUUCAUUUCUUGCAGUGUGCUAUGGACUUAAUGCUCUUUCUGUAUUGAUGAAAAGCAGUAUGUGGGCCAAUCUUUUAUAAAACACUAUGCAUAUAUAAAUAUUACAUUGUUCAUAGCUUUAUUUGACUUAUGGGUUUAUAUAUAACAUUAGAAUGAGUAGAUGUAGUUGUGUGAACAUUCACAGAACAAGUUCCUUUCCUGGGACAUGCACAAUGAACAUUCUAUAACUAAAAGAGAGGAAAAAAAUUCUGACUGCUAUUUUCAUUAUCAAAGUUUUCCAUACACAGCAUACACAGAGCUGUAGUAGUAUGGCUGAAAGAGAGUACAACUGAAUAAUGAUGUUCUUUUUCAUUAAUUUCCUACGAGCCAACUUGGGAAUUUUACUCCUCAGGCUUCACUGCUAAGAUUUUUUUUCACUAUUUCUAUCAAAAUCUGUGAUGUUAAGUGAUUGCAGCUUUCAGUUGGGAACCAGAAGUUUAAGUGAAAACAAAGUAGUUUUUUUUUUGAGCACAUCCUGAAGUUAAUAUCUUGCUGUCUUUUUUUUUUUUUUUUAUCAUAGAUGAUAUUUGACAUUUUUUAAAUUUGUGUACCAUCUACAUGGUCUUAUCUUGGUUUGGAAAGACUUUUGGUGUGGCAGUUUCACCUGAGUCCCAACACCCUAAGUAUCUGAUUUGCUUUGGGAAUAUUGUACUGUAUGGCUACUCUACAUUAAGCAGGAAGAUAAAAGUUUACUUUAAACUACUGUAACCUUAAAUUGGAGACUAAUUCUUGUGACCCUGUUUUCCCUAACCCCACUUCAUGUAAAUGCCUUGAUGAAUAUUUUUGUAUGAUUAAAUCAAAUCAUUUAGGAAUUCUCUCCCACCCAAUACAUAGCUGAUACCCAGAAGAAUGUGUGUGGGGGGGGUCAAUACCCUACUUGUAUUUUUUAAGUUUCUUUUGUGAAAGAUUUUUUAAUGCAUUUUUACUGUAAAAAUACAUGGAAAUGUAUGCAUUCCAUAACCAG